AUGUCGUUUCCCUGCACAUUGUUACUUAUUCGAAGUGAACCGACACCAAUCAAGGCUAACUGUACAGACGGUAUUCAGUGGAUUUGGAUAGUCUUUCGACAGUGCGCUGUAUCUCCACAGGAAAUAGUUGCAGUUACUUUCGGUCUCCUAUCUGCCACCAUAUGGGUCGUAUUUGCGGUUCCUCAAAUCGUAGAGAAUUGCCGCAAAGACUUCGCCACGUCUAUUGAGGUCUCCCUACCGAAUGAUUCUGGGCUCGAUGCGAUUGGUGUCAGUUCUGAACGACCGCCUUCAUCUUCAACAUUGACUGUGUUUUGCCCCUUCGGAUUUCUGUGCUUAAUUGGACCCUUUUGGUUAGCAGGUUCUCCUGAUCACAAGACUCCUUCUUCCAUGUUUCGUCACCUACCCGCCGCUGAGUCAACUCCCAGUCCUGCCUUGCGUUCUGAACCCCUGUUUCCUACUAAUAGUCUGAUCGUUGGGUACGUGCUAGGCUGGAUCUCCGCUUCAAUCUACAUUUCCUCGAGAGUCCCUCAAAUCAUAAAGAAUUGGCGACGUGGCUCAACGGAGGGCCUUAGUCCAGUAACCUUCAUCUUCGCUAUCGUAGGCAACGUUGCGUACGCACUGCAGAUCUUUCUGACUUCCGCUGAGCUCACAUUUAUCAUCCGCGCCCUCCCUUGGCUCUUUGGUUCCCUCGGCGUCGUCCUUUUUGACCUCAUCGGGACAUCUUUCUGUUGCCUUUUGCUACCAGCAUCUAAUGCAAUGGCCUCGAACAAAAGCGGCAGCAGCAAGACGGCACGUGAUCGGGAAGCGGAGUCCUUUCUUCGUGCCGAGAAGCGCAUCUCCUCGAGUUUGUUGGCAGUGCUGCCCGCGACGCUGGUGGGGAGUCGGGUAUGUGUAACCCUCCUUGACGACACACGGAUCACGGGCCUUCUCACCCUCGUCGAUGGCUUCCUCAACCUCCAUCUCGAAAGCGGUGUCACUGUCACUCCCCCUUCUACUCGUCGACGUGCCCCCCCUCUGGUCAACCUUGAAGAAAUAAGCAUAUCAGGAAAACGUGUCCGCUACAUUGAUCUUCCAAAAUCCCUCGAUGUAAAAUCAAGCAUUGCGACGUACUUGAACUCCAUGGAAAUGUGCGAUUCUGAACACCUUCGAAGGCCUCCUAAGGUGGACAAAUACGCUUACUUACGUCAAACUGGUGCAGAAUCCAAUGAUACGGAUGAAGCCUCAUAA